UAUACCCCCUAAAUUAUCAUGUCAACUAAAGUUAGCUAUCCUUUUUGGUACGGUGGAGCCGCCAGUAUGGCCGCCUGUAUGGUAACUCACCCACUUGACUUGGCCAAGGUCCGUUUACAAACUGCCACUAAGCCAGGCCAAUCACUUGCCUCAAUGGUAUACCAAAUUAUAACCAAAGAAGGAUUCUUUAAGAUUUAUUCCGGACUUACGGCAUCUCUUUUGAGACAAGCUACAUACUCCACGGCUAGAUUUGGUAUUUAUGAGUGGUUGAAGGAGUCAUACGUGACCAAAUAUAACGUACAACCAACCACUUCAGUAUUAUUGCCUAUGUCCAUGUUGGCUGGUGCUCUCGGUGGUUUGGUCGGAAAUCCUUCAGAUGUUGUCAACAUCAGAAUGCAAAAUGACUCCAGUCUUCCAGUGGCUCAAAGAAGAAACUAUAGAAAUGCAUUUGACGGUAUUUUCAGAAUUGUUAAGGAAGAAAACAUAUCGACUUUGUUCCGUGGUUUGACCCCUAACUUAGUUCGUGGUGUGUUGAUGACCGCUUCGCAGGUUGUUACCUACGAUCUUGCCAAGGGUUUGCUCGUUGAUCACUUGAAUUUAGAUCCAGCAAAGAAGUCUACUCAUUUUAGUGCAUCUUUGCUUGCAGGCUUGGUAGCUACCACAGUGUGCUCACCAGCGGAUGUUGUCAAGACUAGAAUCAUGAAUGCCAAGGGUGCCAGUGAUGGCGGUGCGCUUACAAUUCUUUCUAAGGCUGUCAAGAACGAGGGUGUUGGCUUUAUGUUCCGUGGUUGGUUACCAUCUUUCAUUAGAUUGGGCCCACACACUAUUGUUACAUUUUUGGCUUUAGAACAAUUGAGAAAGUACAAGAUUGGUAUGUUCUAAACUUUCAAACCUCUACUAAUAUAUUUAUAGAACGAGAGACCAGUACGCUGACGUGUACUGAUGGACACCAACCCACCUACCUACAGGUUUAUAGAAAUUAUACUAAUUCAAUUUAGA